CGUACUUGUAGCAAAUCAUUAUAUGAGGGAUUUAUCAGUUUUCGUUCUUUCCGCCACACCUAGCAGCAUCCCCGCCCUUUGGCUCCAUCAUCUUCUUCAUGCCACUUGUUGUGUUUUUCUCUCCCCAAACUAAAGGAAGCUGAUUGCUUGGACCACAAAAGAGAUUUGUUAAAUCCUGGGUUAGCAUGGCUACCCAGACAAUAGCUGAAACUGCCCAGAAAAUUGUGACCCCUGAAACUCUCCGCUAUGCAGCCAAACAAUCUGAGCGUUGUCUUGUUGUCCCUGUUCGUCUUCGCCGUGCCAUUAAAAAAUAUCUUCAAGAGCAGGAGGAGCCAUAUAUGAAGAGGAAAGUCUUGAGAUUGUCUCAAUCCUUCAAUGAAAUCAAGGAUGUCAAUCUACAGCUGGCAACCACCACAGCGAAGAAGAUAGUUGAAGACCCUUUAAAAUCUUUUGAGCAAUCAAAACGUUGGAAGAUUACAAGCUCUUAUGGAGACAUUGGUCUCACAUAUAGAGAUGAAGAGACCAUUGCUUAUGUGGCUUCUCGAAUGCCUGCCGUUUACUCUGCUUGUUACAGAGUACUUAAGGAGGUUCGCAGAAGGCUUCCCGGUUUCUCCCCAUCUAGGGUAUUAGAUUUUGGUGCUGGGACAGGUUCAGCUUUCUGGGCACUGCAAGAAGUUUGGCCAAAAUCUUUACAGAAAGUUAAUUUAAUAGAACCAUCACAGUCAAUGCAGCGUGCAGGUCGGAGCCUUAUACAAGGUCUCAAGAAUUUGCCACUUAUUCAUAGCUAUGAUAGCAUUCAAGCACUUUCUAAAAGUAUUGGUAAAUCAGACAGAGGGCAUGACCUUGUAAUUGCUUCCUAUGUUCUUGGAGAGAUUCCAUCAAUAAAGGAUCGAAUUACCAUAGUUCGCCAGCUUUGGGAUCUAACUCAGGAUGUUUUGGUUUUGGUUGAACCAGGGACACCUCAUGGAUCUAAUAUUAUAGCUCAGAUGAGAUCUCACAUAUUAUGGCUGGAAGAAAGAAAAUACCGAAAAUCUUCUCGUAAGAACAAUGAAGUUUGUAAAGAUUUGAUCACUCAGAAGGCUGGUGCAUUUGUAGUUGCGCCAUGUCCUCAUGAUGGGACUUGUCCACUGGUAAAAUCUGGAAAAUAUUGUCAUUUUGUUCAGCGUUUGGAAAGGACUUCAUCACAACGUGCCUACAAGCGUUCAAAGGGUGUUCCUUUACGUGGCUUUGAAGAUGAGAAAUUUUCCUAUGUUGUUUUCAGGCGAGGACCAAGGCCAAGGGAACCUUGGCCCCUUGAUGGUACGGAAUUUGAGACUCUGAAGGAGCAGCAUGCAAAAAGAAAUCCAGAGGAUCUUGAAAUUGACUACGAGGACUGGUUGAAGUUGCAACAAGCUGAUGAUACCCCUCAUGAAGAAGCUGAUGCAGUAACUGAUGAAUCUGUUGAUCCGGAAAAUAGUGUCAUUCCUCAAGAAGCAGUAAGCGUGGUAACUUACGAUUCCGAUGAGGUGGAAACUGACAGCGGUGCUGAUGAUAAUGACGAGGAGGAGGAAAAGGAAGAAGAAAGAGAGAGUGCUGAUCUUGGAGGUGGCUGGGGCAGGAUUGUCUUCAUGCCUGUGAGAAGGGGUAGACAAGUGACAAUGAAUGUGUGUAGGUCCACCAAAAGGGAUGCCUCAGAGGGUUCAUAUGACCGUAUUGUGGUAACACGGAGCAAGAAUCCUACAUUGCAUCAUCAGGCCAAAAGAUCUAUUUGGGGUGACCUGUGGCCGUUUUAAAGCAAAAAAUAGUCUGUGAUGUUAAUUAAUUAAUUUAUUUUUCAUUUCCUAUUUUUCUGUGCAUCUCUCAUAUAAACCAAUAUUUAAGGGGGUGCCUCCAAAAUUGAAAGAAAAAAUUCAUAUUGAAUUUUUGGGAAUAGAUUUUAUGUUAUAAAUCUCCUAACUUCAUGGAACACCAAUCGAACAGUAGAUAUUCAUAUUAA